CGAAAACACGGAUUUAGUUUUCACAGAAAGCCAAUUUCAUAUUUAACAAUCAGUACAAAUAAAAAUUGUGCGUGCUGAAUACUUUAACUGCGUUUAUUUUGUACCCGUGCCAUAUUAAAUUCCUUAUGCUAGAAAAGCUUUUCUGUUGUUAACAGAUCAACACUUCACACUCUAAAAAGGUAUAAGGGAGUAAUUGUGCAAAUUGUUUUUAUUCUUUUAUAAAAGGUUGAUGAAUUUCUUAACAAAGUAGGGUAGAAUAAACAAUGAUAAUGUGGAUGAAGAGAUGGCUUAAGAUUCUACUGCUCUUCGUUGUGGUAAUCAUACUUUCCAUGCUUGUGAUCACACAGCGGUUAUCGUCUACUAUAAAUAGUUACCAAACAGAGCAAAGUGGGCGGAGUGAAACUAGAAACGUGACGGCUAUAAAUAGCAACCAAUCGAAACAAAAAAGGACCAUUCAAAGGACUGAUACGAGUAAGAUGAAAAAACAACAUAAACAUAUUGCAAGAAAAAAUUAUAGAAAGACAUGUACUGUUAUGCGACUGAAGAACAGACUGCGAGGUAAAAUCAAUGGAAUGACUCAAUGUAAGAAGCAUCCGUUCCUAUCACGUGACUGUUACUCUAAUUUCUAUAAACCAUACGCAAUUGAUAUAGAGGGGGCAUGCAGGAAGCCCGGGUCAAAACAGUUUUGCAGCAUCACCGGCACUCCUGAUCAGUGGGGUGUGCACUGUAACAUUACAUCAUGUGGUAAGAAGGUGUACCUUGGGACAAAAACAAUUGACAGAAUUAAUUGGAAAGUGUAUGGAAACAAAGAAGAUCUUCAAAAAUCAAUUGCAAAUCUUAUUCAAAGUAGUACAACACGAUUCUGUUUUAUUUCAUGUUUUACGCUCCAUAGUCAUGGUUUUGAACCACAGAUAUUAAACCUACCACCCCCGCCGCAAAGGACUAACCAUAAAGCCAAACGCAAAAGUCGCAGAGAACAAAACCAUAUGAAUUUGAAUUUUAUAAUGAUAGAUUCUGUUUCAAGGGUCCACUUCUUCAGAUCUUUACCUAGGUCUGUAAAGGCUUUAAACGAGAUUACAACUGAGCAUGAAGAUGCAAUGGUUCUAGAUUUUGAGUUAGUACAAGGAAUUCGGUCGAGAACGUUCGAAACUUUGCAAGCUCUCUUUUCCGGUUAUGUAAACCCGUAUGAAGUUCCGUUUGGAAUAAAUGAUUUGUCGAAAGAAAAGCUGAAUGUAGCGAAAUGGCUUUUGCCAUUGAGGGAGCUGGAUUUUUCAAGUCUUUGGUUGGAAGACAUGUGCCCAUUCACAGGAUGGGGAUUGUCAAGAGAUUUGCUAGUUUUAAACAGAACUUUGGAUAAACAAUCUUUUUAUAUGAAAUUUUUAGAUACAUGUAGAAAAGUAGGAAUUGACGAUAUUGGGAACACGUUAGCUAGCUGUAACAUUCUUAAAUCUAACGGGAUGAGUAACCCCUUUAAUUCAAAGACAAUCUGUUAUAACGGGAGACAUCAUCAUUCAUAUUUGUUUUCAUAUCUAAAUAUGUUUCAAAGGACCAUGAACCAUAGGGCCAAACCUUUCAUAUCAUACAUGGUAUCAAGUAUAGCUCAUGAACUUGUCGGCAAAAGAAAUCAAUACAUUGAUAGUGAUUUAGCGGAGUAUUUAAAAUUUUCAAGUGGCAUGGACAACACAUUAACUAUAGUGUUCUCCGAUCAUGGCAAUGCAUACCGAGAUAGCCAAAGUAGAAAUUCCAACAGAGUAUUAGAAGUAUUCAAUCCCUUUCUAUUCAUGAUUAUACCAAAAUCAGUUCAGUCAAUGCUUACUGCCAAUCAAAUGCAAGCUCUGAAGAUCAACCAGAAUCGAUUGAUAAGUUUAUUAGACCUCCAUUAUACUAUAUCCUACAUCAUUCGACUAUUGCAGAAUGAAAACAAUUCUGAAACAAGCUUAGACAAUGAUGUCAAUGACUUUAACAAUCAAUUUCAAUGUAUCUGGAGAGGGGCUACUCACAGAAAUAUCAGCGUCAAGAACUUGCAGCAUCAUGCCAAGAAUAAUGCCGAACCUUUGCAUCUGUAAAGGGUACGAUGUUUCCUCUAAAAGACCAGUCAUAUAAUUUCAUUCUCGCGGUCUAUUAUGUAGGCAUGAUGAAUAAUGAAUAUACAACAGCAAUUGCAAAAUUCCGGUGGUUCCGUGGAAAGAACAGAAACUUAUCUUGGUGGUUUCAAGAAUUGCAAAAGAAUGAAAGUGCAGAAGAUUAAGAAUG